GCCGCGAGAUCUGCGCCGUUCAGUGCGGAAGGCCCCCUUUGUUGUGGUAGAAGCCGGGCGCUGGUCCCUGCAGCCGGUGACAAUGCCGCUGUACGAGGGCCUGGGGAGCGGCGGGGAGAAGACGGCGGUGGUGAUAGACCUGGGAGAAUCGUUCACCAAAUGUGGUUUUGCAGGAGAAACAGGACCAAGAUGCAUUAUUCCUAGUGAAAUAAAGAAACCUGACAUUCCUAAGCCUAUCAAAGUCGUUCAGUAUAAUAUUAACACAGAAGAGCUGUAUUCAUAUCUGAAGGAAUUUAUUCACAUGCUGUAUUUCAGACAUCUGCUGGUGAAUCCCAGAGACCGUCGCGUUGUAAUAGUGGAAUCUGUGCUAUGCCCCUCACACUUCAGAGAGACACUCACUAGAGUACUUUUCAAGUAUUUUGAGGUUCCUUCUGUGUUGUUUGCCCCAAGUCACCUGAUGUCUCUUCUGACACUUGGGAUUAAUUCUGCUAUGGUUUUAGACUGUGGAUAUGCAGAAAGUCUGGUGCUGCCUAUAUAUGAGGGAAUCCCAGUUUUGAGUUGCUGGGGUGCCCUUCCCCUAGGAGGAAAAGCAAUUCACAAGGAGCUGGAGAAUCAGUUAUUGGAGCAAUGCAGUGUUGACACAGGAGUAGCUAAAGGACAAAGACUCCCAUCAGUGAUGGGCUCAGUUCCAGAAGACAUUGUAGAGGAUAUAAAAGUCCGCACUUGUUUUGUGAGUGAUCUCCAACGUGGGCUGAAAAUCCAGGCAGCAAAGUUUAACAUGGAUGGCAGUGCUGAGCGUCCUUCACCACCUCCAGAUGUAGAUUACCCUCUAGAUGGAGAGAAGAUUCUGCAUGUAGUUGGAUCAAUCAGAGACUCAGUUGUUGAAAUACUGUUUGAGCAGGAUAAUGAAGAGAAAUCUGUUGCCACUUUAAUACUGGAUGCACUUAUUCAGUGCCCAAUAGACACCAGGAAGCAGCUGGCUGAGAACUUAGUAGUUAUUGGUGGCACUGCUAUGUUGCCAGGAUUCCUACACAGAUUAAUGGCUGAAAUUAGGUACCUGGUCGAUAAACCAAAAUACAAAGAAGCACUUGCCACUAAGACCUUCAGAAUUCACACUCCACCUGCCAAACCCAACUGUGUGGCUUGGCUGGGAGGAGCCAUUUUUGGAGCUCUUCAGGACAUACUUGGAAGCCGUUCAGUGUCCAAGGAAUAUUACAGUCAGACAGGCCGUAUACCUGACUGGUGCUGUCUCAAUAACCCUCCUUUGGAAAUGAUGUUUGAUGUUGGCAAAGCCCCGCCACCAUUGAUGAAGAGGGCUUUUUCCACUGAGAAAUAAGCAUCUGAAUACAACACAGCUGCACAAGGAUUCCUUUCACCUAUUUCAAGCAGACCUAUACAAGUUGCUUCUUAUGCAGUAAGUUAAUCAGGUGUAACACUGUUUAAAAUUAAUGAUAUAGGUGUGGCUUGGGAACAUCUUGUUAGCUGGAACUAUAUUGAAGUUGGAUACAAUUCUACAUUUAGAUUAAAAAAACUCAAAACAGUGGUUUUGACAAAUGUGAUGAUGUGGGUUGCUUGUUUUUUCCCCCCCCCUUUCUAUGGAAAUAUUGUAACUGGCACAAGUUGUUAACUACUAAGUUGUUUGCUCUAUACAAAUAUGUACAGUAGAUACAAAAUUAAGAGGCUUAGUUUUAGAUAUUUUUGUUUUGUUUUAAAUAUCUUAGAAGAAUGAAGGAGAUUCCUUGUUACCUGAAACCAUCUGUGGAAGUUUCUCUGCCAAACUCUGCAUAAAAUGUUGCACAUGUUAACAUAACCUGUUGGGUUCAUACAUUAAAAUGUCUCCUGGAAACUUG